AUGCGGCAAGCCAGGCCCGGCGCUGCCCCGCGGACCCCAAGAGCGCUCCGGCCGCCGGAGGGUCCCACGGGGCCGCCGCAGCCCGAAUCCCACCCCCACCCCACGCCACCCCCGCCCAGGAUCCUGGCGCGAGGCAACACGAGCCUAGCCGAGGAGAUGCUGCCCCUGCGCGUGGUGCACAGCCUCAUGGCCGCCAUGGGCAACGUGGACCACAGCAACAGCCAGCGGCAGGCCAGCCUCACGCUAGAGUACUUUGUGCAGUUAUUCCCAGUGGUGGAGGAGCACGUGCGCAGGUCCAUGGGGGAGGAACUCUACAAGCUCUUCCGUAGCAACGCCGAGGACUUGUACGUGAAAAUAGAUAGCAUUCAGGAGGACAUCUUGGCGGCCAACAAAGUCAAUGUCACCAAAGAGCUGUAUCUCAGUGGCCUCUCCGACAGCACCAUGAGCUUUUACUUUGGCCAUUGUAAUCAGGGUCAGGUGGCCUACAUCACACACUUCCAGAAGGAGGCUGUGGAAGAAAAGGAGUAACAGAGCCUCCAAGGCAAGCCAGGAAGCCAAGGCUGUGUGGCAGGGAAGCCUGGCAGAAGGAAGGAGCCAGGGCCAAGCUCCGGUUGACUCCUCUUGGCCCUUGGUGGGAGGCUGGGGUUCUGCCCGCCAGAAGGGGAAAAGGAGAGCUGGCUGGGAAGGGUUCAAUAAACAAACAGUCUUGCUAUC